AUGUUACGUCUCAGAACAUCAGAACUUACCUUGAUACCCGAUGACAUCGACGAGACCUUCCGUCGCAUGGCCCUCAGGCAGAGAACAAGACUGAGAACAGGUCUGCCUCCUGGCCGUCCAGCACAACCAGGACGACCCAUCCUCAGACCUGGUCCCCAGAGAUUGACUCGAGAUGCUGUUACUGCUCUUGGGUCUAUUCCCAUACUGCAGCCACAGGUGGCAGCAAUUACCUCCGCAGAAGAGGAGUUCCUAGAGGAUGCUUACCAGGAAGUGUCACCAGCGACAGAGCAUGCCCUCCGCGAACGGCCUGUUUCUCCUAGAUCGCAGAGGGAGACCCCUUUGCGGAUCGAUUCAAUUCAGCCACCAGCGUCACCAGCAUCGGUGGUACAGUCACUUCCCUCGCCAACACUGUCAUUACCUUUGCCGGAAUCCCCACCACGACGUUCACUACAUGGUGUACUCCCCUUUCGCUUUGGUAGAAGCCGCCGACCAUCUACUACGCAAUCACAGCCGGAUACAGUUGUGUCAGUCGCUCGUACGCCAACAAGAUCGCCACUCGGCCAUGCCAGGCUGGACUCAACGAGAGCCAGCAGCAUCGGUGACACCAGUAAUAGCUCCACAAUAUCUCCCGCUGGCGACUCUACUGAAAGUUCCACUGGACUACGCGGAGGAGGUCGAGCGCGUGAUGUCCGUGAACCGCCCAAUGCUCCGUCUCCGUUGCAUCACAUGCUGAGACUAAGUUCGCCGGAACAUGAAGAGCCUUCAGGCGAUCCCACCAAGUCACCAACUACUCCCCGUGAAGACCAGCCUACACUCUACUUGGAAGGUUAUUGGCAUCACACUCCCCGGGGGGAUGAGUAUCGCAUGCGUAAGAGCACUGAGGACCGUUUCUGGAGACGACCACCACACAGUGAGCCGCGGCGGGUCAGUGGUCGUCAAGAUUCUAUCAUGCGAAGUUUGUCUUCAGGAUCCGCCCCGUCUCUUCUCACGAAUCGAAGCCGACCCCCUUCUGGUCUUCCAUUCGACGACGUAUUCAGCACUUUACCAACGGAUGAACCCCGGUCCAGACGGAACGCUUCAGAUUUUACCGCUUCUUGCAACGACUAUUAUUCUACUUCAUCAGACAUCUUUCGUACUCCUGGUGGCUCGCUUCAGCCGGAGCAGACGAACUCAAGGCCACGACAUUUUAGUAGCGAUGCUUCAGGCGCCAGUGGACAAUUCUCUUACUACGGCUCGCUUCCUCCUAGCAGGGGAGCUUCCAGCGGUGGUCCAUCGAUCGAAAACGACCUUUCUCGAUCUCAGAUGGACGGAGCGGUGGCUUCGAACGAAGACCAUCGUCCCUUAGCACCUGCAGUUCCUUCCUCAGUCUCCAGACACAGUACAAAUCGUCCGAAUUCUUCAGGAAGCUCAAUUCUCUCUUUCUCCGAUAACAUUGGCUCUGGUCCACAUGGCGUCUCGCCACUACCUUCGAUGCCAUACACUCGCAAUCAAGGCGACUCUACAUCGUCUGAUUACACAACCCAAAGGUCAGGCUACAUCGUCGACGCAACUACAGCGGCAAUGGAGGGUCUUGAAUCGCCCCUUAAUCCUUUCUCUGAGCACUAUCAGCGUCAGCUGCAAGCUGCUCGAGCUCGAAUGAAUCCCUACACUUAUCGGCCUCGCGCAGAAGGGCCACAAGCGCGUAGAUCAAGUCAAGGUCAUGGUGACCGGGCGAAUCAUUCACGCCAUCCCCCACCUCUUCUUGAUCAAAGAACGGGGUCUUCUCGGCAAGCUUACUAUAGGGCGCAAGAAUUCCAACAGUCUUUCGAGAAUUUGGCGAUAGAUGAGUCAAAAAAUCACGAAUGGGGCUCUAAUCUUCAUGGCAGAGGUGGACGAGGCGAUCGACACUCCCGCGAGGACCCUUCCAGUAUGCCGACAUCCAGCUCUGACGCUACUAUGCGUGCUGGUGGAGUUCAGGCACAACGGGCUGCUUACGAACGCUUGCACAACUCUAGAAUGGCAAUGCAAGUCGAGACCAACAUGAACCCCCUCCGUCAUAGUAUACCACAACCAACCAUCACGCACGAUGCACCGGGCCGGCGACACCACUUUACCGGUUUCCGCAACGAGGAACACAGGAACAGCCCGUUCAACACGUAUCGACGUCCAUCGCACAGUCAAAUGGCGCACCCCUUGGGAGGACCUCGUGGUGGCGAGCCCGACGACAUUUUCCAAGCCUCUUACCCCCAGUCCGCCAGCUCCGUCCCCCAACGUGCGUACCGCCCCAUGCCUAGCGCCCGCUACCUCAACCCUCGACUCACUCGCGACAGUCCCUUGACGGCUCUCGCUCUAGACCAAGGUAGUGGUACGACAAGUCGACGCUCACUUGACCCACUUGUUCGGGCUACGACGAUGGCACGUACGCAUCGCCGUGUUCCACCUGAGCAGCGCGACCAGGAGAACGAUGGGGAUAGAGAGGCCAUGGAAAGGGAGAGGGAGGGUAUCAAUAGUAGGUACGGGGAUGAGGAAGGGGGAAGAUCGAGGAUGGAUGAGACGCCGCCUAGAAUUGGGAGGGUGGAGAGGAGGAUGAGGGAAGGCGACAGGGAUAGGGAGGGUGGAGUUAGAGAUGUUUGA